AUGGAGGGCAUAGGCAGCGGCUGGGCAGCAGAGCUCACCCCUCCAUGUGUGAUGCAUGAGGUGACUGGGAAUGACACGGGUCAGGUCUUUGAGGUGGCGCUGCAGAACGGCUCCUCCAAGCGCAGCCCCCAGUUUGUGGGUGUGGAGCUUCUGCAGUCCUUCAAGCUGCUCAUCAUCCCCUGCUACACUCUGGUGGCCCUGGUGGGCGUCUUCGGCAACUACCUGCUCCUCUACGUCAUCUGCCGCACGCGCAAGAUGCACAAUGUCACCAACUUCUUCAUUGGAAACCUGGCCUUCUCUGACAUGCUGAUGUGUGCCACGUGUGUCCCCUUCACUCUGGCCUACGCCUUCAACCCACACGGGUGGGUGUUUGGCCGCUUCAUGUGCUACCUGGUGUACCUCAUCCAGCCUGUGACGGUGUACGUGUCCGUCUUCACUCUCACUGCAAUUGGUGUGGACAGAUACUACGCCACAGUUCAUCCUCUGAAAAAGCGCAUCUCAGUCGUGGCGUGCACCUACCUUCUGUCUGGGAUCUGGCUGCUGUCCUGCGCUCUAGUGGCUCCAGCUGUGGCUCACACCUACCAUGUGGAGUUUAAGAACGAGGGCUUCAUCAUCUGCGAGGAGUUCUGGAUGGGCAAGGAGAAGGAGCGGCUGGCCUACGCCUACAGCACCCUCUUCAUCACCUACGUCCUGCCUCUGUCCGCACUCUGCAUCUCGUACCUGUGCAUCUCUGUCAAACUGAGGAACUGUGUCGUACCUGGCCACCACACCCAGAGCCAGGCUGAGGCUCAGCGAAUGCGCAAACGCAAGACCUUCCGGCUGGUGAGCCUGGUGGUGGCGGCCUUCGGCAUCUGCUGGAUGCCGAUCAGUGUGUUCAACGUGCUGCGGGACAUUGACAUUGACCUGAUUGAUAAGCGCUACUUCCUGCUCAUUCAGCUGCUCUGUCACCUGUGUGCCAUGAGCUCAUCCUGCUGUAACCCUUUCCUCUACGCCUGGCUGCACGACCGAUUCCGCGCUGAGCUCCGCAAAAUGUUCACGUGCCGCCGUCGCAUCGGCAUCUCGGCUAACAACUGCGCCACAGCCAGCGUGGUUCUGUGAAGCUCCGUUAAGUCCUCGCUUCUUUCAAAAAUAGAACAUAUUCAAUUCGUUGUGGUGACGAUCCAGAUUUAGAUAAGUAGUAUCUCCUUUUGAAGAUAAUUUUUGGGCAUUAUGCAGCUGGC